AUGUUUAACGCAAUGUCAACCACUGGAUUCAAUGUGCAACCUCAACCUAAUGCAUCAAAAUGGAACGCAAUAUACUUUCUUGUUUUUAAUUUAGUUGGAUCAGUAUUUGUGCUGACAUUAUUUAUUAGUGUUGUUAUAUCGGGUUUCCAAUCAAAAUCUGGUGUAGCAUAUUUAACACAAGAACAAGUUCGUUGGUUAAAUCUUGAAAAAUUAUUGAGGCAAAUUAAACCAUCUAAAUUGCCAAAAGUUAGACCAGAUAAUCCAUUUAGAGCUUUUUGUUAUGAUUAUGCUGUUGAAAAAAGAGGAACCUUAUAUAAUAUCAUGACUGGACUUUAUGCUACACAUAUUCUUUUGCUCAUGACAGAAUUUUUUGGAGCACCAACAUGGUGGGAAAUGACGAGAAACAUAGCUUUUCUUGUCUUAAUUUCAGUAUACAUUGUUGAAGUUUCAAUGAAAUUAACUGGUCUUGGAUGGAAAGUAUUUCGUAGUAAUCCUUGGAAUCUUUAUGAUUUAAUCGUUAUUACUGGAACUACA